CCGCUUCCACGUGGACCCUGUCAUUGACCAAAACACGCGCCGGUCUCCGUGGCAGCCGGGGGGGCGCGCGUGCCGCCGCUGUUGCGCAGUGCAGACCGGGAAGCGCGAGCAGGGCGGAGCGGGCCAGAGGUGCUCUCCAGAUGUGAACCUGUAACCAGAAGACAUGACGCCGCUCACCGUCCGACCGCAGACAGGUGUGUUCAUGGAGUCCCACCUGGACCGGCUGCUGUCCUGUGUUCUGUCUCUGUCUCUGCUCAUACACCUGAGUCUGGCUGCACCGGGGCUGCCUGGGACACAAAGAGAGGAAUCAGUAGAUGCCCAUCCCCCUUCAGGAGCACUGCCCAAUCCCUUUGGCUCUGGAGAGGAGGAACGCAGGCUUCUACAGAGUUACAUUCAGUCCAGUCUAAAGAACGACCAGGGAGGACCGGAGAUCAACACCUGGGAACAAGAGAUUUUCUUCCUGUUUGGCCUGUAUGACUAUGAUCGUAGUGGGCUCUUGGACGGCUUGGAGAUGAUGAAGCUACUGUCAGACUACAACUCCCAUCAUAGACCUGAAGCACAGGCCAAUGAGCAGGUGGUGUCCUUGGUAGAUUUCUUACUCCAAACUCAGGAUCUAAACCAGGACGGCCUGCUGGCACCUUCUGAGCUGCUCUCUCCUCCACUGACUCACACACAGGACUCAGGCAACAACAAUGCACACCACUCAGAGCAGGAGGUGGAGGAGAAGCUACCAAACGCUGAUGAGGAGAAUGCAGGAGCUGAGGAGGCUCAGAAUGAGAUUCAGCCUCUAGCAGAAGAAGAACCUCAACAGGAAGUAAAGACAGAAGAAGAAGCCAUAAAGCAAAUAGAUGCACAUGAGAGACAAGAAAUCCCAGAAGCCCUUGCAGCAGAUCCGGAGCAGCACCACCAAGUCCCUGUACAUCAGGGCCAACCAGAGAUAUAAAUACAUGCACACUUAUUAGAGAAACAACCACUCAGUCAAUCUGGCCUUUUUAAUCAGUCUCCCCACAAAUGUUUUUUGUCUGGAUCUGAAUUCUAAGAGAUUAUUUUAGUGGACUGUCAAGCAUGUAGAUGGUUUAAGAGAAGUUUGUGUUGAAAGCAUUCCUGUCACUGUAUUAAUAUGGUCUUCCUCUGAAUGCAGUGAUUACGAGAGCUGUUAAAGGGAAAAGUUGUAAAUUCAGAAUGCAAUCAUCCAUCAUUUACAGACUUUUGAAUGCUUUCUACUUGCUAAAUACACUUUAUUGCUUUAAUUGUAUUUGUCUGCCAUUUUCUGUCAUCCCUGAGAAACUGGCCAUGCUUUUAAUGUAUUUGGUUUUACUAUGUUGAGUCAUUGCUUAUACCUCCACUGGUUUCGUUUUUUCAUCCCUGCAUCGUUUUCCUGGACAUUACUGGUACACUUAUUCAAAUGUCAGUAGACAUUUUCGUGUGCACAUCGAUGGGCCUUAUCAUCUUUGUCCCACUUUUAAUGCACAUUUUCCAUUUAGCUAUUAUGCACAAGGAACACAUGAGGACUGUUAUUUAUUUAAACCAGUCUGAUCUCAGACCAGUUCAGCCAGUCUGCUGAGGCAUGCUAUAUGUCAUAGACAUAAAUGCUGUCAUCUCUCGCAAUUUGCUCAUCUUAGUAACACUCCAGCAAUAGUUUAAGUAAAAUGAAUGCUUAAUGAGUUAUAGCCUUUGCCCACCAGGCUUGUGACCACAGACUUCAAAUUUUUCAUCUUUAUAAUUAAGGUUAAAAGGCCCCGUUAAAACAGCUUUAAAAGUAAUAUGAUGUAAAAUUCAGUCUGUCUGCAAACUUGAAAUGUAUUUACAGUAUGAAAGGGUUUCCUAUUUGUUGAAACGCUUUGUUGACUUUUUUUUAAUCAUUUGCAUUUAUACAGUUGGAAAAAAUAAAGCAAACAUUUCUUUGUC